AUGGAGGAGCAACUCGAACUGAACCCUAACUCGGCGAGCGAACUCAGCGAGUCCUCGUUACCUCCUCUCGAAGACGACGAUACACCGGCUCUGAGUUCCUAUGCUCUCGCUGCUCUCCAAGAAUUCCUCUCCGAGGAGCAGAAUCAUUCCGACGCCGGGGACUCCGAGGUUUCUCUUGUAUCCGAAGAUUGGAGGCUGAGUCAGUUCUGGUACGAUGCAGAAACUGCAAAGACGGUUGCUGAAGAGGUUAUCGCUCUUUGCAAUGGCGGUGAUUCUUGUGUUGCCUGUAUCGCUUGCCCUACCCUCUAUGCUUAUCUUAAGAAAAUGGAUCCAAAUGUUUCUGUGCAGCUUCUUGAGUACGACAAACGUUUUGAGCAACAUGGAAGUGAUUACACAUUCUAUGACUACAAUCACCCUGAGGAGUUACCAUCAGAAUUGAAGCAUUCCUACAAAGUUAUUAUUGCCGAUCCUCCUUACUUGAGUAAAGAGUGCUUGGAGAAAAUUGCUGAAACAAUUUCUUUUCUCAGACAACCUGGAGAGUCAUUUUUGCUUCUACUCACAGGUGAAGUGCAGAAAGAAAGAGCAGCUGAGAUCUUGGGGUUGCAUCCUUGUGGUUUUAAGCCUCAUCACUCAAGUAAACUUGGAAAUGAAUUUCGGGUGUUUACUAACUAUGACCCUGGAACAAGACUGGGAGGAUGGAAAAAAUAG